AUGGUACACAUAUCUCUUCCUCGAGGCAUCAGCCACCGGGGAAACAGAAAUAAAGACCAAAACGCAGCCUCCAAUAGUGAUGCUGGAAGAAGGCCCAGCCCACCCAGACUUGGAAGCGGUAACAGCACACCUGCACUGACUGACCAAAAACCUCUCAUUCUCAAGGUCUAUGUCAUAAAGGCACGAAACCUAGCUGCGAAAGACAAGUCCGGCACCUCUGAUCCAUACCUUGUCGUCACCCUUGGAAACUCCAAACAAUCAACUCCAUCGAUUAGCAAGAACCUCAACCCCGAAUGGAAGAUAUGCUUUGACAUACCCUUGACUGGAGUACCGCUACUCGAAUGUAUGUGCUGGGACAAGGAUCGCUUCGGCAAGGAUUACAUGGGCGAAUUUGACAUCGCAAUCGAAGACAUAUUUCCCAAUGGUCAAGUACAGUCGGAACCGAAAUGGUACAAACUGAAGUCCGGGGCAAGAGCUGGCAAGAAAGGGAGUGCGGUUUCUGGAGAAGUAUUGAUGCAAUUUACCAUUGUCGACUCCGCGAAUCCAUCCGCUAGCCCCGAAGAAAUACGGAAGAAAUUUCAAGCGUAUAUUGGAGCGGAAGAAGAGGACGAUGAUCUCUCGCGUGUUUCUACAAACGUGGAUGACGCUGUUGCGGAUGAGGACGUCGAUGAUUUCGAUGACGACCUCGAAUCCGUUACGGAGAACGAGUCCCCACAAAAAUCCGCCGCGGCAGAGAAGAAGGAGAAAAAGAAGAGACUUGCCCGGCUUCGCCGCAAAUCCAUUGCCGCCAGGGCCUAUAACUUCUUGGGCGCUGAUAAUGACGUUAAUGGCAUCAUUUUUAUGGAAAUCGUCAAGAUCACCGAUCUACCUCCUGAACGAAACAUGACUCGGACUUCUUUUGACAUGGAUCCAUUCGUCGUGACGGCCCUGGGUCGAAAGGUUCUGAGGACAAGGGUUGUUCGACACAACCUGAACCCAGUUUACAACGAUAAGAUGGUCUUCCAGAUCAUGCGCCAUGAAACAGGAUACUCUCUCACUUUCACCGUGAUUGAUCGCGACAAAUUAUCCGGAAAUGACUUCGUGGCUUCGACCUCCUUCCCCAUCCAGAAAAUGAUUCAAUCUGGACCCGAGGAGGACCCCCAAACCGGUCUCUACGACCUACCUGAACCUCCGGAAUACUCUCCGGCCAUGGCGCAGAAAGAGGGGAAAUCGAGAUUUCGUAUUCCGCUAUCUCGCACCUCGUCCGCCAGCAGUCUCUCAAAACUAGGACGCUCCGGCGUUAAGCGAGACGAUUCCCAGCUCUCGUUGUCAAGCAUGGGUGCCAAUGAAUCGGCCCGUCCCCCGGCUCCUACGAGCGCGCCCAUGGAAAACAACGGAAACAAUCUCAAAGUGCCCGGAGCCGCCGACAACACUCCAGUCCAACCAGCGGAAGAUCCCACCAUGAACUCAUAUAGUAUACCAUUAGAACUCAAGAAUAAAGAACGCUGGGAAGAUAAACACAGUCCAGAACUGCACAUCCGAGGCCGUUACCUUCCGUACAAAGCGCUGAGGCAGCAAUUCUGGAGAGCAAUGUUGAAACAGUAUGACGCCGAUGACAGUAAGCGCAUCAGCAAGAUUGAAUUUACUACCAUGCUCGACACAUUGGGGUCAACGCUGAAGGAGUCGACUAUUGACCGGUUUUUUGCGAAAUUUGCCUCCGAAAACGAAGAUGUAGGUGAGGUGGAUCUAACUUUCGACCAAGCCGUCAUCAGUCUCGAAGAACAGUUGCAGAAAGUCAGCGAGAAGAAAUCUCUGGCAAACAAACUGAAGGGCGGCUUGGGUGUAUCUGGCCAGACCGAGCCGUCUGAUCCUCAGGCGCUCAACCCUGAAAAGAGCCUUGAUCCCCCAACAAUUGAACAAGAGCAGCACGGCACUCCUGGCGAGGAGGGGAAACUUCUUGGAAACGAUCUGUCCGACGAGGGAGAUGGUGAAGAACAUGUGAUUGAAAUUCGCGAAUGUCCUAUCUGUCAUCAGCCCAAGUUGAACAAGCGUACCGAAGCCGACAUAAUUACGCACAUUGCCACUUGCGCCAGCUCUGACUGGAGACAGGUCAACAACCUAGUCAUGGGUGGCUUUGUCACUCAGAGUCAGGCCCAACGCAAGUGGUACUCCAAAGUCAUUACCAAGAUCAGCUACGGAGGAUACAGGCUGGGGGCUAAUAGUGCGAAUAUCCUGGUUCAGGACCGUAUCACGGGUCAGAUCAAUGAGGAGCGCAUGUCUGUCUAUGUUCGAAUUGGGAUUCGGUUGCUCUACAAGGCGCUGGGAGCUCGGGAGAUGGAAAAAAAACGAAUCAAAAAGAUGCUCCGAUCUCUUUCGAUCAAACAGGGCAGGAAAUUCGACGAUCCGGCUUCUGUGGCUCAGAUCGAAGGAUUCAUUGCCUUCCAUCGUCUCGACAUGUCCGAAGUGCUUCUCCCAACGGAGCAAUUUAAGAACUUCAAUGAGUUCUUCUAUCGAGCCUUGAAGCCCAACGCGAGACCCUGCAGUGCCCCUGACCGACCCGAAAUCAUCGUUUCUCCGGCGGACUGCCGCUCGGUGGUUUUUAACACGAUCGAGGAUGCGACCAGAAUAUGGGUCAAAGGAAGAGACUACAGCUUGGAGAAAUUGUUUGGCGAUGCAUAUCCACUGGAGGCCAAACGCUACAAAGGGGGCAGUAUGGGCAUCUUCCGACUCGCUCCGCAAGACUAUCAUCGCUUCCACGUUCCGGUUGAUGGAACUCUGGGAACUCCCAAAGCCAUCGAGGGAGAAUACUACACCGUUAAUCCGAUGGCCAUCAGAUCAGCCCUGGAUGUCUACGGCGACAACGUCCGAGUAUUAGUGCCCAUUGACUCGGUGGCCCACGGGAGGGUCAUGUUCAUUUGCAUUGGUGCCAUGAUGGUCGGUUCAACAGUCAUCACUCGAAAGCCAGGAGAACGAGUCAAACGAGCUGAGGAACUUGGAUAUUUCAAAUUCGGCGGCAGUACGGUCCUAUUGUUUUUCGAACCCGGACGGAUGGUGUACGACGGGGACCUAAUUGAUAAUAGCAACGGAGCCCUCGAAACAUUGGUCCGGGUGGGUAUGUCGAUCGGUCAUUCACCGAACGUGGAGCCACACAAGCCAGACAUGAAAAAGGAUGAGAGCAGCAUCACAGUCGAGGAGAGGCAGGAGGCCCGGCGCCGAAUUGAAGGAAGCAUCACCCCAGACGAAGGACUGGGCCCGAUAUACGGAGCUACACAAUCCGGGAAUGGUGUCGGUUCAGCAUACGUCCAGUGA